UUAUCUCUUGAAUCUACCAGAGUUUAUAGAAGCAGCGGAGGUGCUCAUAGUAGUAGCUAAUAUCGAUUACAUUCUGUCGAAUUUUGAGGAGUUGCAGAGAGUGUUGUGAAUAAUGUCAGCCCGCGGCAUAGCCAAGAAGCGGCAGAAGAAUAUCAGCAAAUCGCAGCGAGCCAAUGUCUUGUUCCCUGUGGGUCGCCUGCACCGGUACAUGAAGGCUGGGCCCGGGACCCGCAAGCUGAGGAUUGGGGUCGGGGCGCCCGUCUAUGCCGCCGCUGUCAUAGAAUACCUCACAGCUGAAGUCCUUGAGCUGGCAGGUAAUGCAGCUCGAGACAACAAAAAGUCACGCAUCACACCCAGACACAUUCUGCUUGCUAUUGCCAAUGAUGAAGAGCUACACCAGCUACUUCGAAAUGUCACCAUUGCCUCGGGAGGAGUUCUGCCCAAGAUUCAUCCAGAACUCUUGGCUAAGAAGAAAGGAGGGAAGUUUGUCACAGGAGGCAACACACCUGUUACUGUACCAUACAAAAAGCCUAUUGCUACCAAACCACCAACACAUAAAAAGAUGUCAACAACCAAAAUGAAUGGUAAUGUUAGUGGAGCAACAGCAACCAGCAAUACUACCACGACUAUGGCAAAUUCUCUUGCACUGACCAAAUCUCCAAAUUCUGCCUCUAAUGUUACAUCUGGUUCAGCCUCACCGCUGAAGCUAAGAGCCAAGGGAAAAGAUAUGGGAACUGCACAGCCAACGUCGGCGAUAUCCACGGUACUCUCCGAGAAAAAGCUAUUCCUUGGACAGAAGUUGACCGUGGUACAGUGUGACAUAUCAACAGUAACAGCAGAUGCUGUUGUUCAUCCCACUAACUCUAACUUGGAUUUCCUGGGAGAGGUGGGCUUAGCUUUGAGUAAAGCUGGAGGCAAGGAACUGGUGCAGGAAGUCCGAGAACUGGCCAACUGCAACGGAGCUUUGCCGUCUUGUGAUGUGGCUGUUUGCAGUGGGUGCAAACUUCCUGCUCGGUGGGUGAUCCAUGUUAACGGGCCAACUGCUUAUGAGACAGAUGCUUUUGACAAGUUGGAGCGCUGUGUCAAGAACUGUCUCGUUCUUGCUGAUACUCGGAACCUCAAGUCCUUGGCUCUUCCUUCCAUUGGAAGUGGAAAGGCUGGGUUUCCCAAACAACAAGCAGCACAAACUAUCAUCAAGUCCAUUUGUAACUACUUUGUUAAUGUCAUGUCCUCGUCACUGAAACAGAUUUACUUCGUCCUCUAUGACAUGGAAAGCAUUGGGGCUUACACAGCAGAACUAGCAAAGUUGGAUUCUUAAAGAUGUGCAAGUGUAUGUCAAUGUGUGUGGAUUUUGUAAAGUCUUAAACAGUUACAGUACAAGAUGACUCUCCUGAUGACAAAAUCUCCAGGACUUAAUAGACAGCUCAAAAUAGCCUUGGCAUAAUAAUAAUAAGUGUUAAUAAACGGACCGUCUGUGUUUGACGGCACUAUUCUCCUAGCCGAGUUCACCAAAUGUUAAUUACUGAACCAUUUUGAAAAACAUCCAAGUUUAAAGGAGAGCUCGUAAUGGCGGAUUUAUGUCGGCCAUUUCGUGCACAGUUUUGCCAGUUCUUUCAUAAUCAUGAUUUUUUACCAGUGAUAUUUUGUUUUUGUAACAAGAGUAGUUAAAAAGUGCCCUGCCUGUCUUCUAUCGUUAAACCCCGUUACGCAACAUUUGCUUUAACUAAUGUUUAAGAAAACAGAAAUACAGCAUGUAAUACAGGAUAUUUUUAAUAUGAAUACAAAUGUCAACUGAGAUGAUUAUAUAAAAUGAUUAUAUAUAAUAUAUAAUAUGUAAAGUAUAUGUAUUAUGU